AAUAUGAACAAUUUGUGUAAAUCCAUGCAUCGACUACGAUUGCACUCGUGCAACCGCAUGUUGGCGUACGGAAGAGUGUUUUCUGUGGCACAAAGCACCACAACACAUCGCCAAUCAUCUGCUACAACUUCAGCGGUUAAGGAAAAGAUUGUCAUACCAACACGGAUUGAACGAGGUCCAACCGAUAUAUUAAUGGCGCUUUCGAGCACCGUAGGGUACGAUCCGACUGCGCCACACUACAAAUAUCAUGAUGACCCGUACCUAAUACCGACGUCAAACGCCAAUAAAAAAACAUACGCACUUGCCCACGAAGCGGGACGGAAGGCCGCCCUGUGGGUGAGGCAGGAGAACGUACACCUGUUUCAACAUCAGGAAGCCGAUCCACCAGUACAGGCGUUCGUUCCAACGAUGGUGUACACCGAAGAAAGCCAGGUGGAAACGACCGACCUGCAGAAGCUGAUUGACGGUGUGGAGGUGAAGGACGCGAUCCUUGUUUAUAACCUACUGAAAAAGAACGGGAUCGAGGUGGACGAGCAACUAAAGCAGCAGCUGCUCGAACUGCUGUGUUUCUACAACCACGACGACACACUUCCAGAGCAGUUUAUCGAGGAACGCUGGUUCCGACAAGGUACGGUGGGCCGCGAGCGGCAGCGCAAGACGUGGAAAGACUUCGAGCUGGCGGAGGAACUUUUCCACGGGCUAGAAACAAAGCGGCCGGAACACUACUGUGCUAUGAUUCGCGGGAUGGCGCGAUAUUUUCAAGUCGAAAAGGCAUGGGCUCUCUACCAAGAGACGGUUGAGAAAGGCAUCGAGCUGGACACAAACACCUUCAACAGUCUGCUGCACAUCGCGUCCUUCCUAAAAGAGAGCUACGAUAAGCGGUGGGAGCUUGUGUGCGAGGUGUUGUCCGCCAUGAAGCAGCGGAACCUGCGCCCCAACCUCGGCACACUUAAUGGGAUUCUGCAAACCGUGACGACCAUUGGUGGGUACAACCAUCCUCGAACGUACGCGUUGCGGACAUUGGCCGAGUUCAAACAGCUCGGCGUGGAACCGUCACUCGCGAGCUGGUACUAUGUGCUGGUCAUCUUUUGUCGAGAGCGGGGUCCCGUUAGCCACGUGCUGCAUGACAUCCUGAAUGAGAUCGAGGGCCGCGAGUUCACCAUCCAAGACCCGAAGGACACGUUCUUUUUUGUGACUGCGAUGGACAUCUGCCGAAAUCACCUGCACGACAAGGAGUUAGCGAAGCGAGUGAACCAGCUGCUCCACCACGGUGAGAACUACAACUUGAUCGGGGAUUCGUAUAAGGAGUCGAUCUAUUACCGGCAUUACUUCGCACUGCUUGCCACAACGGAACCGCUAGAAAGCUUCCUAGACACGUACCACCUGCUCGUGCCGAACGUCUACAUUCCGGAACCAUCCGUGAUGGAAGACAUUCUGCGAUCGGUUGAAAUGAAUGGUGCCCUCGAGCAGCUACCACUACUGUGGUCCCACAUGGUGCAGUUCGACCAUACAGGGCGCGAAAACCUCGUUAACAUGCUGCUGCAAAUCAUGGUCUCCAAUCAACCGUCACCCAGCGACCCUCGGCACAAUGGGUUGAUCGAGCGGUUCGCCCAGAUCGGUUGGGACAUGUGGAACCGACUGGAGGAGCGAGUCUCGAACCCAAGGGCUGCAGCCGUCGUGUCAUCCGGUCUUUCUGGGCCGAUGCUGGGUGAUGUCCUGCUGCUGGCAACGCGCGCCGGUGAUUUCGAGCGAUCGAGCUCGCUUUUUAUGAAACUUGUCAAGAACCAACACUCGAUAGUGGGCGAACCACGAGUGGAUGGGUUGCGGGAGUUCGUAAACCUGUGCGUCACCAACCGAAUGCCGUCAGUUGCGAUUCAGUGCCUGCAGUAUUGCAGCGACAACGGGUACCCGGAGAGCACCGAUCUUGGGAGACACAUCUUCAACUCGUUCGCGCUCGACCAGAACCAGAUCGCGAAGAUCAAGAGUUUCGUCGGAGCUGAUGCUGUAAGGACGGCCAAGACAGAAUCUGCACUUAAACCGGACACCACCGUGGUCUCAACCGAGCCAGCAGUGGCACAUUAGCAUGAUGUUGGACACUAUACCAAUGUAUCACUUAGCGAUGGUGGCGGAUGGAAUAAAUUGCGCCAAUCCAUGUAAAAUCUGUUGACAAAAUUAUAUCUCAUUCGGUGUGUUUGUUGAAAGAAAAUCCGUGGCAAUGAAAGCAAUGCGUUA